UCCGGGUUGAUUUCAUUGAUUUCCCACCCGCUGUGGCGGAACGAAGACUGUAUGUCAACGCAAUUUUAUCAUUUUAUUGAAGUAUUUCACCCACGGAGAAGAGUGGUCAUCUCCCCUUGUGAGGUCGCUGCUGUGUGAACAUGGCAGCCAACCUUGGUCAAGCCUUCAUGGGCAGCGGUGGCAUGAUCCCCUCGCUGGCCCAGGAGCUGGCCUCCAGCAACUUCCACGAGAGCCGGGAGUCGUUCCACGACUACAUCUACUCCAAACUGAUCCUGGGCGAGGACAAGGGCGGGACCCCGAGCCUGGCCCACAGUAGCUCCAGCAACCCGCCCGUCUUCCCCAACACAAACCUGGCCAACAGCUACCCGAACCCCAUGGCAGCCGCCGCCGCAGCAGCUGCCUCGUCAGCCGCCGCAGGGACCACGGGCAACGCGUUCUCACAAGGCUCGAACCACAGCGCAUUCGCCAGCCCGGCGUUGAGCGCUCCCGCUUCCGCCCCGAAGCCCAGUGGCUCGAAGAAGAAGUCGUCGCACCACCAUCAUCAUCACCACCACCCCCAGCAGCAACAGCAACAACAACAGCAGCAGCAGCAGCAUCCCCUGAACACACCGACUGCCGGUCCCACCCCGCAGGGUUUGGUUCCUGGCGCGGAGGGCGUGGAUGGGCUGACCCCGAAGCCGAAAAAGAAGAGCCACCACAAGAAGAAGGACAAGACCAACAUUUGUGACGUGUGCGGCCGCGGUUUCGCAGAGAAGUACACGCUAAACCGGCACAUGCUAACGCACACCAACGUGAAGCCGUACUCGUGCACCAAGUGCAACAUGGCCUUCUCCCGCUCGGACGGCCUGGCAAAGCACAUGGCCGCCGGCCACCGCCGCAUCGACGCCCACCACUGCGACGUGUGCGGGGGCACCUUCAACAGCGAGGUCUCUUUCGAGCAGCACCGCCGCGAGUACGGCUCCACGCUGCCGUUUGUCUGCAACCUGUGCAUGCUGGCCUUCUCUCAGUGCUGCCACCUCAACUACCACAUGAAGUCGCACUCCCUCAACAAGCUCAACGACAGCGUUGCCUCCGACAGCCAGGACGACAAGAGCAACGCGAUCGACGUCUCCGAACUCAUUCCUGAGGAUUUUACUCCGCCCAAACAACCAGGUUCUUCCACAAAGGACUCAUCGCUGCAGCUGUCGGGGAUAUUCAAUUUUCCCGCGUCGGGCCACAAAGCCUUAGAUCAAGCUCUGAAAAGGAAUGCGGAUGGUUCUCUCCCCCUGAUGGACCCCAACAUCACGAUCAAGCCGGAGAUUGACGACAUGCCGUCCUGCAGUGGCGGUGCAGCAGGGAGUUCUGGAUCGGCCGUUGGCGCUAGCGGCGUGACUCCUUUCGACGCUCUGAACAACUUGUCGGUUGCCUCGUCUGUCGCCCCUGGAUCUCUGGGCUCAGUGAACAAUCCCAUCAGUCUAGGCUCCGGUGGGCUCAACGUAGGCCUCUCGGCGGGGCAGCUGGGGGUUUCCUUCCCCCCGGAAAGUGCCCACCUCAACUCUUCUGGCACCUCCGGUGAGGGGAAUGGCUCCGGGCCGGCUCCUAUCUCGGACCUGGAAAUGAAGAAGUACUUUGACAUCAAGAUCCCUAACCCCCGAUACUUGGAACCCGGGGCUAGCAGCCCAGGAGCGGGGGCCGGGGAGGACGGCCUCUACCACUGCGAGUUGUGCGGGAAGGGAUUCACCCGCAAGUAUCAUAUGCAGCGCCACGUCAAGCUACACACCCGCGGGCCUAUACCCCGGGCUCAUCUCCUGGACUGGACGCGGCGCCCCUACGCCUGUGGCGUGUGCAAGAUGGGAUUUACACGCCAGCACCACCUGACGCGCCACAUGCUUAUCCACACGGGGGAGCGACCCCACGCCUGUCACGUGUGCGGGAAGGCAUUCCGCCGGUUCACCAAUCUGUCUCUGCACGUGCGCACGGUGCACGGCGCCGAGCGCCCCUUCAAGUGUCCUGUUUGCGGCCGCGGCUUCCCGCGCUUGUACAGUCUACAGCGGCACAUCAAGCUACACACCAAGGAGCUGGAGAACCGGGCGAAGGGGGGAGCGGCCUCGGGGGAGAGCUACUCGGGCUUCAAGGCCGUGGGCACCGUCGCUCACAACAACACCGGCAGCAACAAGUCUCCGGGCGGGGGCAGUGACAAGAACUCGCCCGCGCACAGUCGAGAGUCCAUCUCCUCUGAGAGCUCGGAGCCGGGGGAGAAAUUUGAGCGAGGUCUCACGCCGCAGGGCGACCGCGGCACGCUGGAUCUGACGAGGGACGAGGCCAUGUCCAAGGACAUGAACAACUCUGUGCAGAAAGGUGUGGGCGAGCCGAGCUACAGCCAGCAGAACAUGGUGCACGGGCACAGCGGGGAGGGCCAGAGUUCUCGCAGCCAGAACGCCGCCAGACUGCAGCAGCAGCAGCAGCAGAACCUGCUGCCCAACCAGACGGUCAUCGAGGUGGUCAAUCAGCACAGCCGUAUUCUAGGCCAGGGAAGCGAGAGCCUGGGACGUCACGGAGCCUCACAGGGCAGGUCGGUCGGAGACUUUAACGCGCAGGCCAUGGGUCAGACCAGCGGCGGGGAUCAACGGUUCAACACGCCAAACCCGCCCCUGCAGAACCCGAACCUCCGCGGUAUGGAGCUGUCCUCCGGACGCGGGAGCUUCAGCGAGAUGGGUCAACGAGAGGGUCAAGGCUACUCGUUGAGUCAGCAGCAGGGGAACGGUGAUCGCUUUUCCAUCCACCAGUCCCGGAUUCAGAGCCCUCAUCCGCUGAUGAGCAACCUGGACCGGCCGGGGAGCCGCGGGAUCCUGAACCAGUCGAGCCCACUCCCGCACGACAACUCUGCCUUCAACCCGCAUGGCGCAGGGUCCUUCGCCCAGCAGCGCGGCGGCGGCGACCGCAAUACCGUCAGCCCGGCCAACAUCCGCGGGGAGCCCACCAAUUUUGCCCAUGGCCUUCAGGGAGGCGGGCGAGGCCCGCUCAACAUGGAGAUGGCGGCCGGCGGUGGUCGCGGGCCACUCAACAUGGACUUGUCCAGCAGCAGCCGGGCGGCCAUGGAGCGGGCGAUGACCGCCGAGCUACAGGGCAACGGCCGCGGCUCUCUGAGUGACCCCCCGGCCUACACCCUCCCGCACACCGUCGGCAGCCUGCAGUUCAGCUCAGGGAACCACAGCGUCUACCAGCAGGCGGUCAGCGACACGCUCAGCCGGAUGGAGCUACAUGCCGCGCAGAGCGUCAGCCCCAUGCCUCUGAACCCCCACCAGCACGGCAGCAGCAACAACAACCUGCAGUACUGAGGGACGGGACAAAGUUACUUCCGGAGAAAUCGCUCUCUCUGAGCUCUCGCCCACCCCAGCCUUCCGUUCUCGCCGAGGUACACUCGCUCUCUCUCUUCCUUCUGCCACUGUGACAUCGUAAGUGGUCGGCCAUUCCGAUAGCACGCAGGAACUCGACAGUUCUCGCUUGGGUGUCUGGUCCUUGAACAGUGCUACUAAUCAUGGGUCGCUGAAAUGUCCCAGCUGACAUGUUUUGGCGUGAUAGUUAGCGGGACAUUGGAGGAUUACGUGAUCCAUAGUCACCGAGGUUGUCCAGUGGAGUUUGCACUAGGCUGUAGGGGAAGGAAUACGAAUGAAGAACGGGCUGUUCCGCCAUUCUUUGGUGUGGCUCGGAAUCUUCACUAGAUCAGCGUAGCAGACUACUCACUGGAGAACAACUGUCUGUCAGGUUUUUGUGUAGAGCUUCCCAGAGGUCCUCGCUCCGUCGCCUCAAGGCGACCUCUGACCCGGUCAUGGCUGUCAAGCCGUGUCCUGGCGACUCCUUGCGGAGUGCCUACUUGUGGCAGCGAGUAUGUUAGUUUAGUGAGUGUCUACUGUGUGGAUGGUGGUGGGGAGAGUUUUAAAGGAACCUUCACAUGAACUUUGUGUAUGAAAGUGUGUGUACAUAUACUAUACUAUAGAUUUGCGUAUUGUGUGUUUGUGUGAGUGUGAGUGAAAGUGCUGGGUAGUCAGACACUGGAAGAGUCCUGUACGAUGUACUGCUAUUGCGACAUCUGUGUUGGAUGAGCUAGCGGUGGCUCCAUUGUUGUGACAUCCGUGUGUAUGUGGAUGAGCUGGCAGUCGCUUUAGAUACCAUACAGGGAUCACUCAGUUGCUGAAUCUCAUUUGCUGUCUGCCCGACCGCUGCCGUGCUUGCAGUCGUCGCGUUGUGUUGUAGAGUGUGAAAGGAACCAUCUGGUUGUGUUUGCUGGCCCUUUCAGAGAGCCCAUGUUCCCGUCGAUGAUGCAGCAUUGCCGUGUGGCUAUGACGACAGUCAGUGGAGUCGUGAUGUGGUUGUUCUGUUGCUUUGCCUUGGAUAUUUUGAAGCAUCUUAUGAAUUUACUUUUACCAUCUCUAUUCCCCAAACUCCAACACAGUUCUGGUUGUGGGUUCCAAUUUAAAAGAAAUGUUAUAUAUCAUACUGAUAAUUUGACAGCUGGAUGGUUUUGUAGAGGGGUUGACCUUUUUUUAAAAACAUUCUCGGGGUAACACAUGAGGGCUUUGUCAGUGUGGUGGUUUGUUUUUGGAAAUCUGAAAUGCUUGAUGUGGAUGAUCGGGACUUUAUCAUUGACUUUUAAGUUGUAGACACCCCCUGAGAUGUUGUACAGGGAGAUAUAUUAGUUACUUCUGUUUGCAGUCUUUUUGAGCUGUACUUGGCGUUACUUCAGAGAGCUUAAAAUGUAGUUCUGUACAGGUGACCGUCGUCUUGUGUCCAGUGUUGAGAUGUUUGAUUCUGUACCGAUGGCAGACAAGCAAGGAGGAGGCGGAGAGUUUUUGCUGUCAAAGAGAACGGUGAGACUGCAAGAAAUUAGAGACGGACGGGACUUUUAAUAAAUCAUGUUCCGUUAGGAAAGUGUCUUUAGAAAGUUUUCGGAAAGAACAACGUCUCUUGGGUAGUCCUGAAUCUGGAUGGUCUGUACAGAAGAGGAGAGCUCUAAAAGGUCCACAGAAAAGUGAGAGGACGGUGUGGUGUGGGCUGUGAAGAAAAUCGUUCGUGGGGCGGAAGCCAUCAAGUAUCCUGUUUAGAGCUGAUUUUUGACAAGACUCAAAAUGUGCUUGACAAUGGCUUAAGAACGUGUUAGUAAACUGUAAACUAAUUGAACCUCCUGUGUUUUUUGUCCGGUAGGUUGGGUGUGAGUGUUUGCCUGUGUGAAAAUUUUUGCGACAGCAUUUGAAAAUUUAGUAUCUGACAGUCACGUUUUGUCACAAAUUGGAGUAGCAAAAAAGAUUUUUUUAGCUGUAACUUCGGAGCAGAUUUUCCAUUUUCAAUAAAAUGCUUGUAUAUAUAUUUGUUGAAUAUCGAGAGAUAUCACUACUAAGAUAAAGAUGUGGACAUUUUCAUUGAAAUGAAAUCUUUGAAAAAGACAGUGGAUUGGACCCUGACUCAUUUGAACUAAAGUGGAGAUCUAGAGGGCACAUUCUUCGUCGAAUGCCGACACCUUCUCGUCGUUAGUGAUGUACCAAAUGAGUAAUGUGUAUCAUGUCAGUUUGUACGAGGUACGCCUUGGUCCCAGUAGGGCCGACUCUUGGCUUUUGGUUUGGUUUAGUUUCGUUUUGCUUUUGCUUUUUUUUUUUUUUUAAUGAUUAUUUUCAUACUCUCUGAGAGAUGGGACAGCUGGGAAGAAAUGCUUUAAUUGUUUUGUUUUGUUUGUUUCUGCUUUGAUUUUAUUACUACAAAUUUGGAGAAGAA